AUGCCUCUUAGUGCCAGUGGUCAAUACUGCGACGCCAUCGUGGCCACCUGGAAGAACCGUGACAACUACACGGACGCCCAGAAAUGUUCCGACUGUGAACUCGGCCUGGGUAAGGCGCAGCUCUCGUCCCCCUUCGGAUACGACGCCGAAGCGGCGGCAGGCUUCUCUUCCUUGACCCAGAGCUGCAAAAAGACCGGGUACAACUACGCGACCCCCACCUCAUACGCUCUCAACUCCGCUGGGACGGCACCGCCGCCGCAGCGCACCCGUAGCACAGGUACUAAAUACGUAGUCAAGGCUGGCGGUACUUGUCGGACCAUCGCGGGACUGGCCGGGGUUGGAUCCUACCAGCUGAUCAACGAGAAUGGCCUCGACCUUAGCUGCAAUCUUUUGCCGCCUGCGAAUGAAUCUAUCUGCAUGCCGGAGAAAUGCGAGACGUUCGAGUUGGUGGUGGGUCAAACCUGUGACGACAUAAUGGAGGAGUAUGGCAUGACCAAGGCGCAAUUUGCUGGCCUGGAAUCCCUUCAUCAACCCGUCGUGCAGGAAUCUUGGAGACUGGAGAGGCUGGUUUCUUUGCGCCAGAGGGAGAUGCGGUCACCACCGACGCCCCUCUGCCGACAAAUCACCAUUCUGAUUCGAACAAGCACUGCGGUCAGUGGUAUGUUGAUAAACACUGACAUAGGUACUCCCCAGGUCCAACCUGAUGAAUAUUGUCAGAUGAUAUACCUCAAGUUCAGCAUUUCCGUUGAUGGCUUCUACUUUCUCAACCCAAAUCUCGACAAAAACUGCACCAAUUUGUGGAAAGACACAGCCUACUGUGUCAAACCGGUCGGAAACAUCGUGACGUACCCAGGCUACAAGACAUCGACUGCCUCCACCAGCUUCACUCGCCCAACCCCACAGCCCACAGCAUCGGCGGCACCUAUCCCCAUACCUACUCUACACCCCAAAGCGCCGGGGACAGUGAAUGAAUGUUUUCUUCGCAGGAAUGCCUGGGAAAGCUUCUUCAUGGCAAAUAAUCCACUUUUCGCGGGCGGCAACAACUGCACCUCGUGGGCCAGUGUCGGCGACGUCACUAUCCAACAACUUUUGGAGUGGAACCCCAAUUUGUCCGCAACCAAGUGCGAGUUCAAGCCCGGAUCAAGCUACUGUGUGCGGAAGUGGGAAACAGAGCCACCUCAACUAGAACCGCCCCACGAUUAUUGCCUCCCAGCUGACCCUUCACGGAUCCCAGACACAACCCUCCAGCCCAAAGAUUGCAGCUGUUAUUUUGGUCUGCGGGCAAAAGACAAAUCCUUCUUCAACUGUACCCAAUUCCCACUCAACUUCAGCAUCACCCUCUCCACUGUCCUCAACCCUCAACCCAUGGCUUGGCUCCACCCCCACGACCUGCAACCAAAACCUCUGGACCCGUAUGAACAUGGAUGGCUUUAUCCAACUGUGUGUCGAGCGAGCUGGCACCGGCACUCCCUCCCCCGCCACGACAAGCAAAGCCUCCAUCUCUACUCCCACCAAGCCACCCACCUCAACGCAGAGACCAACCACCGCCCCAUCAAACAUCACAAAACCACCCGCCUCAACAGCAGCCCCGAACCCCCCAGCGCCAACCCAACCAGGUGCUAAUCCCUCCUGCAAGAAAUGGCACGUCGUUGUAGGUGGAGACGGCUGCUGGGCAAUCUCCAACCAGUACGGCAUCGCCCUGGAGGAUUUCUACAAGUGGAACCCCCGCGUGGGGAGCGAUUGCGGUGCGCUGUGGAAAGAUUACGCCGUUUGCGUUGGGGUUGAAAAGCAGGUUUGUUCAGUUGCGUGCCUGUUUUCAUCGGCAGGUUCUCUCACAAACGAUGGUAUGGAUACCAGCAGACGCUUUUCAUGCUUCUACCUCUUGCACCCAGCUACGUUCAAUGCUGCCCCAAUACCUCAUGCCCAGUGUGUGAGCACCUAAGCGAUGAAGAGCCCCGGUGAAAACCGGCAUGUAAUAAUCACCCAACCCCCCCUUUCCCCCCUCCCACACGUCCUUGCAUCAUGCCCUCUCUCCUCAGUCCUCAAAAGCAUCCAGGCCAAAUUGUGCAACCCCCACAACUCCCAACACCUCGGUCUCCCCGCCCCUUUUUCUGCAACCAAAUCUGCAGCCCCUUUCCCAAACCACAAAGCCCGAAACCCCCCCGCAAAAGGGCCACGCCGCACACUCCGCCCGCCCGCCUCUGCUACACACGACUGAACCUCUCCCCAUUAAACAAAGG